AUGUGUUGUACUGUGCCGCCAACAGCAAAAAACGGCUGCUACUCGCUGCUACUCGCUCAUGCUGUGGUUCUCGGCGUUCUCGCUGAGACGGGAAAAACGGAGUGCUGUACUUUUGACUCUGCCUGCCUAUAUCCAGCUAUUCUGGAGAGGCACGAAGAGGUGAAGCGGACAGAAGGGGUCACAUAUGAUAUUGAGAUAAUGAUAAAUAGUGAGUGGCCGAUACUCUAUUGCUUGGGUACUAGGAGGGAAGCGUGUGUGCGUACAGGUGGUGUGAUCGUUCAUCAGAGGAGAUCUGUGGUCCAGCGUCUUAUCACCCCGCAUGUCGAGCUCAUAAUGUACCUGUUAUGUCAUGUAGAUAUUAUAAUAAUUAAUAAUUAA